UUUUGGAGAGCAAACAGGGCGAAAUGGAGAUAUGAGGUCUGAAAAGGAGCAGAGGAUAGGAAGCAGGGAGAGAGGCAGCGUCGAGAUCCUGUUUUGGGACUGUCAGAGGGAGCAGGACAACGCCGCGGUGAACCCGAAGCACAAGGAGGAGAAAAAGGAGACCUUCACCAAGGUUGUCAUACGCCGACUGCCACCCAGUUUAUCAAAAGACCAGCUCGAGGAGCAUCUGAGUCCUCUUCCAUCUUUUGACUAUUUUGAGUUCUUCUCCGCUGAUCAGAGCUUAUAUCCACACCUCUUCUCAAGAGCAUACAUCAACUUCAAAAACCCAGAGGAUAUCAUUGUUUUCAGAGAUCGCUUUGAUGGCUAUGUAUUCAUUGAUAAUAAAGGCCAAGAGUAUCCAGCUGUUGUAGAAUUUGCUCCAUUUCAGAAAGUUUCCAAGAAAAAGUUAAAGAAGAAAGAUGCUAAAGCAGGAACUAUUGAAGAAGACCCAGAAUACAGGCGAUUUCUGGAAAAUUACUCUUGUGAUGAGGAGAAAUCAAUGGCCAAUCCAGAAACACUAUUGGGAGAGAUUGAAGCUAAAACCCGAGAACUCAUAGCCAAAAGGACCACACCGUUGCUGGAAUACAUCAAAAACAAGAAAUUAGAGAAACAGAGAGUACGAGAGGAAAAAAGAGAGGAGAGGCGAAGGAGGGAACUGGAAAAGAAGCGACAGAGGGAAGAGGAGAAGCGGAAGCGCAGAGAAGAGGAGAGACGAAAGAGGAAGGAGGCUGAAAAGCAGAAGAAGCUUUCUGAAAAGGAGAUAAAGAUCAAGCUUCUGAAGAAGUGUGAUCGAGAAGAUGACAUGGACUCUGACAGACUGAAAGAUAAAGCAGACAGUGGAGAGAACAGAUGGGAAAAGCCGGCAGGACACACUAAGUCAAAGGAUUCCAAGGAUAAUAGGAGUCAAAUCAAGAGUGGCAAGGAGCAGAGGGAAGGACACGGCUGUCGGCAAAGAGACAAAGAGCAUCACAGCAGAGACGAGGAGCGCAAACGACAGAGGCAUCACUACGAGUUUGACAAGUUUAUGCGACGCAAGGAGGAGACCAAAUGGGGUAAAGGCUACUGUCAGGACAGAGCCAAGAAAGACCAACAUCAUGGCCAUUCUUUCUGCCCAGAGACUGGAGACAAACUCGGAAAAGAGGAUCGAGAAGACAUGGGCAGCAGGAAAGAACGGAUUCGCAAUAAGUCUGUGUUAGUGCAUCAGGAGAAAAGGACUUCCCAGUCUGAGGGGCCAGACCAGAUAGGAGGGGCUCUGCCAGCAAAGGACCGACCGGCAAUGCAGCUGUACCAACCUGGUGCUAGAAACCGCAAACGAAUUGGCUCUGGAAACAAGAUGUUUGACUUCCCACCAAUCUCUCCCGAACACGGAGGAGAACACUGCCACAAGACACUCAUUGGUACAGGCUCACAGAAGAGUGGCGAUGAGUGAAAAAAAGAUCAUGACAGGAAGAAGUCUACUUUUAGAAGCAAGGGUCAUGGCACAACAGAAAGAACACUCGCGAGCAACCUGGUUUUCUGUCUUGUUAGUCGAUGUGUGAGUAUAGUGCAUUGAAUUCCCUACUUAACAUUUUAUACACGAAGUCAACAGUGUCAUAAAUUUAAUGCUUCAUUGAGAAAAAUACCUCAGAUCAGAUUUGUAUGCCUUUUGUAGUAUAUACUGUAAAUAUAUAUAGAUUUUACUUUAUAUAAAAAUGCUACAUUGUAUUAAUGAAACAUUUAAGCAUGUAAUGCUUAAUUGAACACUUUCACUCUGUAUUGCCUUUGAAUGAUGCUUCUGUUGUCCCUGAUGUAUAGACAUUGUGGCUUUUCUGUAGAAACAAAUACAUCUCAUAACAGGAUCUAGUAACUUUCAGAGAAGUGAUUUUCCUGCGGGCCAUAAAGAACAAAAUUGUUUGUUAAAAUCGUCUUCUGUUAGGUCAGAUAACACACUUUGUGAUAUUUGUAACCAUAGUGCAUGUUUUUGAGAAAUUGCAGUCAUUCAGUGGUGGGAGGCUACAUGUGUUCACACGCCUUACCUUUGCAACUGAUUUGCACUUAAAGAUCCCGUCUGUUAUUAGAAAACCGUACAAAAAAUACAGGUUUUUAGAAUUAUUGUUGAGUCCAAAAAAUAAAGAAAUUAAAAAUGUGAUGCUGUUUUUGAUGGAUUGACCAUUUGUGUACAAUAAAGAUGAUUAUAAAAAGUA